AUGGACGCGCUGAUAUUGGAUUCAGAGGAGAAGUGCGGCAAUAACAGAGAUGCGCUCCGACCAAACACUCGCGCUGCGGUCGUCCAGUUGGCCCUGUCCUUAAUACUCGGCGGCUCGGCCUUUGUCGCAUUCUGCAUUCUUCGACCGCGAUGGCCGACUCUCUACGCGGCGCGGAAGCGUCGAUUAGAUCCCAAAAUUGGCUUGCCAGCAUUGCCCAACACUUUCUUUGGGUGGAUUCCGGGCUUGUACCGCGUAACGGAGGAACAGGUUCUUGCAUCUGCGGGACUCGACGCCUUUGUUUUCCUGUCGUUCUUCAAAAUGGCCAUCCGCAUCCUUGUCAUCAUGGCUGUCUUUGCCAUCGUUGUACUACUGCCCAUAAAUAGACGUUUCAAGACAGACGAUCCCAAUGGUGGCAAAGGCUCAUCGAUCACUGGCGCUGAGAGCUCCUACGACUAUCCGUACAAAGACGCACAUAUUUUUAAAGAUGGAGAUGACAGUUUUGACUACAACAAAAGCCAUCUCUGGGCAUAUCUCGUCUUCGUCUACGUUUUUUCAGGCCUCACGCUCUACACCUUGAACAAGGAGACAUUCAGAGUGAUCCAUAUACGCCAAGAAUACUUGGGUACUCAGUCAACAAUUACCGACAGGACAUUCCGUCUGUCAGGCAUCCCUCAAAAGAUGCGCUCCGAGGAUAAAAUCAAGCAUUUGAUCGAGAAACUCGGCAUAGGACGCGUUGAGAGUGUCAACCUGGUUCGCGAUUGGAAAGACAUUGACACUUUGAUGGAACAACGAGCCCAGAUUCUAGCAAAACUGGAAGAAAGUUGGAGUGUUUUCCUCGGGAAGCAAGCUGCCUUGCCCAAAUCCAUACAGCGUUUGCGAGACCCAGAGGCCGAACCUUCUGUUCUGGAGCCUCGUGAGGAUGAAGUUGAUGAGGAAGCUGGCGAGAAUGGUCGGCUCCUGGGACAUGGCGAGCUACACCCGGAAUAUGUCGAGCGGGAACGACCCAAGGUCCGACUUUGGUAUGGGUUCCUCAAUCUGCAAUCUCGCAAGACAGACGCGAUCGAUUACUACGAGGAAAAGCUCCGACGUCUCGACGAAAAGAUUUAUGAGGCCCGAAGCAAAGAUUACACGCCAACCGACCAGGCCUUUGUCACUAUGGACUCAAUUACCGCCUGUCAGAUGGCUAUACAAGCCCGGAUUGACCCCCGUCCCGGCCAAUUCCUCACCAAGCCGGCUCCGUCGCCUUCUGACAUCAUAUGGUCCAACACCUAUGCUCCGCGAGGUAUCCGUAGGCUUCGAUCGUGGACGGUUACGAUUUUCGUUUCAACUCUAUCGAUACUUUGGAUCGCGGUGCUGGCUGCUAUUGCAGGUCUCUUGAGCGUCUGCAACUUUCAGCACUGGUUCCCUUCUAUCGUCGAAUUUCUCAAGAAUUUCCCAACCAUUAAGAGCUUGAUCGAAACAUCCUUGACGACGGUGCUGGUUUCGUUGCUCAAUGUGGCUGUGCCGUAUUUAUACGACUAUCUGUCUUAUCAGCAAGGUAUGAUUUCAAAGGGCGAUGUGGAGCUGUCCAUCAUCUCCAAGAACUUUUUCUUCACCUUUGUCAAUAUCUUUGUCGUCUUUGCCAUCUCUGGCACUGCACUCAGUGUUUUUGAGAUUAUCAAAGACAUCCAAGAUUCGUGGGGCGACACACAAAAGCUGGCAAGAUUGAUUGGAUCGCAAAUCGAAAACCUGGGUUUGUUCUACGCCAAUUUCAUCAUGCUGCAAGGUCUCGGUCUCUUUCCCUUCAGACUACUGGAAGUGGGAAGCGUCAUUCUUUACCCUAUCUACCGCAUGGGAGCGAAGACGCCAAGGGAUUUUGCCGAGAUCAUGCAACCCCCAGUCUUCAGCUAUGGCUUUUACCUGCCAACGGCGCUGCUGGUUUUCAUGCUGUGCCAAAUUUACAGCACCUUGCCGCUCGGCGCCCUCAUCUUGCCAAUGGGGAUAAUCUAUUUCACUUUCGGUUACUUCACCUACAAAUACCAGCUGCUAUACGCCAUGGACCAGCCGCAACAUGCUACUGGAGCAGCGUGGAGAACGAUAUCAUAUCGUAUCAUACUGGGCUUGAUUGUCUCGGAAAUCAUUCUGUCCAGCAUCUUGGCUUUGAACUCUGCGUUUGUGCAGUCAAUCUUAGUCUUGCCCCUGAUGAUCUUCACAGCAUGGUACAGCUUCUAUUUCCGGCGGCGCUUUGAGCCUCUGACGCGCUACAUUUCCCUGCGAAGUAUUCGAGCCGAGGUCGAUGCCGAAGACGCUGCCAUUCUCGACGAAGACUUUGAGGGGCCUAGACCAUCUCAAGGUUUGCUCAGAAGAGGCAGCACCAUCGACGAAGAUAAGGAGAAGGGCAUGAAAUUUGUCAACCCCAGCCUGGUAUCACGGUGA